AUGUUUGGACGACUACUGAGGCCUUCUGCCAGACACUUUUCGGGCGUGCGGCCGACGCUGAACGCCUCAUCGGCUCUGGAAGCUAUUGAUAAUCGAAUGAAAAAGCUGCAGAGGGAAGCCCAGUUGAGUCCCGAAGACAACUCGUUGCUCAACAGACCAGAUCUUUGGCAAGGUCUGCCCGACCAGAAGGUGCUAGAACUGUACCAGCAGAGAAAGAUCAAUCUUGGAAAGCACUACCGGCGCAACAGAGAUGAAUUCAGCGCUCUGGUUGCCGCCGCUCCAGAUAUCCACACGGCAUAUAUGACCGCACACGCAUACACUGCUGAGGAAGGAGAUAUGUUCAGAAAUCAGCUCAACUACCAGUCGAAGAUGUAUCACUACAAAGGUAAUUUCAUGUCCGACGAGAUCGAAGAAGAUGAGUACGACGAAUACCCAACAGAGGUCCAGGAAGUGGUUGACAAUUUCAGGGACCACUUGGAGUUCAACAGAGUGGCCGCAUACGAGCUGCCACUCCUUACCAAAUACAGAAAGGAGUACGUGCCGCCUAAGAAGGGCGAGAAGCCGGUCACGUACCGCUACACCAAGUACUUUGGCGAGAGCCAUCCUGCUGAGCGCAAGGUGUCGGUGUCGGUGAAAGUGUCGGAGCUCGACCUGACUCGGGAGCAAAAGCACAAGUUCAAGCUGCUGGCCGGUGUGAGAUACGACCACGAGAGGGACAUUUUCAAGAUGUCCAGCGACAGGUACCUGGAGCCGGCCCAGAACGCCUCGUUUUUGUCGGAGGUGAUGGACGAUCUGGUUGCCGAGGCGAAAAGAGAUGCUCACAAGUAUGCCGACGUUCCGCUCGACAAGAGACACACCAAGGCCAAGGCCAGAAAGAAGCAGCACCGCAAGAAACGUGUUUACGAGUUUCCGAAGGAGUGGGAGCGUCCAAUCGCGCCAGAGUCCAAACAGGUUGACUGGCAGCAGAUGCUCACCGAGUAA